AUGGAGAGUCUUCCUGACAACAUCAGCUCCCCCGAGCUCCUCCUGACUCCAGAGCUGACUAACUGCAGCGCCUGGAAGCAGCGCUGGGGGGCGCCACACUUGCACAGGUUAGGGCACCUGAAUGUGCAGCUGUACCAAGACUUCUACGCCGUGUGGGUCUCUCUUAUGGUGUGUAACUGCCUCAUGCUGGUGGUCGGUGUUACGCUCAACUCCUUGGCUCUCUACGUCUUCUGUGGGGCCUCCACCCACUCCUCAGCCUCUGUGGUUUACACUAUGAACUUGGCAGUAGCUGACCUGCUGGUGGCGCUGUCACUGCCCGCUCGCAUUGCCCUGUAUCACAGCAUGGGGGGCUGCUUGGCUUGCUCCUACGUCCACACCUUCAGCUACUUCGUCAACAUGUACUGCAGCAUCCUGUUUCUGACCAGUAUCUGUAUAGAUCGAUACCUCGCUGUGGUCCACGCGUCAGGCACCCUCCAUCGAUGGAGAACCCCAGGGGCGGCCAAGUGUGUCAGCGCCGCAGUGUGGUUCAUUGCAGUGGUGGUCACCUACUCCUUCCAGACCACAGCGGUUGGGUUCAGCUCCUCCUGCGUGCUCCUCCCCGCCCUCUUCUACCUCACCGUCCUGGAGUUCGCCCUCCCCCUUCUCGCUGUGGUGGUCUUCACCCUGCGCGUCGCCUGUUUCCUCACCUCCAGCCACGGCCUGAUGCCGCAGCAGAGCAGGGUGAGGAGGGCCCGUGCCGUCAGGCUUCUGGCCGCGGUCCUCGUGGUCUUCACCGUGUGCUUCACGCCCUUCCACGUCCGCCAGGUGCUGGUUUACUUCUGGGUCAGAGAUGGUGGGAAGGGGCUGGGCCAGGGGGCAGGGCAUGUGCUGGCCUAUCACAUCACGGUGACCCUGAGCAGCCUCAACAGCUGCCUGGAUCCAGUGGUUUACUGCUUUGUGACGGACAGCUUCAAGAGAGUGUGGAGGACGAGGAGGAGGGGAGGGACAGAGGGGGAGGCCGGGCAGACCAGUGGUGGCGGGGGAGAAGGGGAGAGGAACCCAAUGAAUAAAUGUUCAGGUGCGGUGCUGGCGAUGGCUCACAGUGUGGCCACUCUCACCCUCGCCAGCAGGCCCCUUUCUGCAGCCAGCGUGGACCAGUCUGAUUAG